ACGACAAGGGUGGAAAGGUACGAUCAGCGGGAACCCGGUGUGUGUCCGCCCUUGCCUGGGUGCCGGGUUCACUGCAGAGGAUCGACCGCAUCUGGAGGAGGGGUCACAGUCGGUGACCUCAGGUGACAUCACCAAGGACCCGCCCAAAAGUUGCUUGUGAGCAAUCUCGCUGGUCUGUGAGUGAAGCAAUGUUCUGAAUGAUCAGUUGUUCCUGUUAUCUCUGUCUCUUCCCCCACCUUGUCCAUCGCCAUGGCAACGAAUACUGCGAACUGAACUACUAACUGGACUGAACUUUGAGUCAUUUUGAAAUUUGGUCAUUUACCCCUAGACAACGAUAGAGCUUGAUUGAUGCUGUUAUCUUAAUGCUGUGCACAGGUGUGUUUAUCAUCACUGAACUGUUGCAUUUAUUAUCCUUUCGAUUACUGUGUUGCUUAUUUCUUUAAUAAAACUUUCUUAGUUCUAGUACUCCAGACUCCAACUGAGUGAUCCAUUUCUGCUGGUUUGGCAACCCAGUUACGGGGUACGUAACAUAAGUGGGGUUCUCGUCCGCGAUUUUGAACGCUAAAUUUGGGACGGAGUAAAUUGAUUGGGUUAAAAUUCCCGAAAGAAAGAAAAGACAAACAGCAGAAAUGGAGGUUGAGGAAUUUAUAAAGGCGCCGACCUUGGAAGCAUUAGAGGAUGCCAGGAAAUCGGAAUUGAUAGCUGUGGCCAAACGGGUGAAUCUUGCCAAGGUGAAGUCGACAAUGAGGAGAGAGGAGAUACACAGAGCUAUUGUAGAGCACUAUGUAUCUAAAGGAGUGUUUCCCCAAGGUGAGCUGGGGGAGGUGUCUAUUGAAAAACCUGCUGGAGACGCGGUACAGGUACAGCUUGAAAAACUGAGACUCGAGCACGAGUUCCGGGUACGGCAGUUAGAACACGAAGAGAAAGAGAGGGACAGACAGUUGGAGAGAGAGGAGAAACAGAGGGAAAGGGAAUUUGAGCUGGAGAAGUUAAAGAUAAGGGCCGAGCAGGGGCUCGUGCCGAACCAAGGUGGAGGGUUCCGGGCGACCCAGGAGCAGAAGAAGGAAUUUGUUCUCUUUGUUAACUGGGACAUCAUUUGGACUGGGAGUAAAAUCAAAAUGUAUUGCCUGGCUUUACUAAUACUGGCCUGCACUUUGUUUACCGUGGAUGGUUCAUUACGUUCUCAGGCUGCGUUGAUGGGAUUUGGAGCAGUUUGUUCCAAUUUUGCUGCUCGGAGUAUUAUUGAUGCCGUAGGAUUCACUGUCAAUGGAAUAGCUGCUGGUUCUUGGGCAGAGAGAUUAGAGACAUUCAUAGCCUAUAUCAAUGGAGGAACACUAUCACCUGAAAGUUUCAUCAACACAUUUCGGUCCAUUGGCAUCGAAGGAUUUUCUCUGUCAACCAAGCUCUUAUUGGGGACCGUGGGGGCCCUUAUUUUCCUCCUCAUCAGCAUGAAUCUGCGAAAUUUCUUGACAAAAUAAGCUUCUGAAUCACCAAGACAAGCUACAGAAUUAAACAUUGCAGAGUAUAACAUUAUUUUGAAUCAUCAGAGAAAAACAAAGGGAGCAUGGUGGAUUAAUUGCCCUUAUCAGGGAUAAAAUAAUGGCUGUAGAAGUAAAGCAAAUUGAUGAAAAGACUGAAACUGAAUCUGUAUGUCUAUACGUUAAAUACCAGUUUGGUCAUACCAAUAGACAAUGCCUACCAACCUAACAUUGAAAGGGAAGUGGAAGAAAGAAUAUGUAGACAAAUUAGGAAAAUGAAUACAAAACAGAAUACAAUCAAGGAAUUUCAACAAAGACAAUGAAGUACCAAUAAUAUAUACAGGAAUCCCUUUUCACCGAUAUGUGAACAACCCAACAGAGGAGGACUCAUUAUUACAUCUUGUAACCCAAGUCAGAUAAGCAGCAGUAAAAGUGGGGGACAUUUAAGCAAUGGUUGGGUAACAUGCAAUCCAGGUUAAUAGACGAGGGAAAAGUUGACUUUGGGGGACUGAGAAUCGAAAGCGGGCAGACAAAACAGGCAAGAAUUGAAAAUCAGAGUUUUUUUUUAAAUGCUAUAAACCUAAAAUACAAAACAAAAAUUGCUAGAGAUACUCAGCAGGUCAGGCUGCAUCUGUGCAAACAGAAAUACAUUUAAAGCUUCAGGUCAAAGACCAUCAGAACUGGGAACAAAAAAGUUUAUUAAACUGCAUUGGGGGGGAGGGGUAUAUCUCUGAAAGGGUUAAACAGUCAAAGAUUAAAACUUUGCUUAACCGGCCACUUGACAACAUAACAGAGAGUGGGUAAUAAUGCAGUUUCUAUAAUUAGUACUGCUGCCACAAAAAGUUUUGUGUUGUAUAUGCCCAUAAUAAUAAAUCUGAUUCUGAUUCUAAUUCAGAAAUAGAUAAUUAAAAAGCCUCUGAUGAGUAUCCUAUCACAUACUUAUGAAUAAAGAGGGGUAGGAUCGAGGAGCAUUGUUAGGUAUCCAAGACUGAGUACGACUGGAACAGAUUAGGGGACAUUAAUAAAUAUGCAAAGUGGUAAAGUAAUGGGCAAAUAAAGUUAAAUACGAAGUUAGACACUUUGGUAGGAAGAAUAUGGAGAUUAUGCAUCAAUAGGAAGGUGUGACCUCCUUAUUCUUCCUACACCUUCCUAUUGAUGUGUGACCUCCCUAUUCUUCCGUCCAAAGGAAAUUGUAAACAGAAGUGGAGUAAAGAAAACUGAGAGUACAAAUACACCAAUUACUGUAAGUUGUGGCAUUGGUGAGCAAGGCCAUAAAAAUAACAUAUCAAGAACCAACACUUAUUGCUAUCAGGCUAGAGUUGAAAAAUAGGGACAUUAUACUAAAACUGUAUGAAUCUUGCAAUGUAAAGGAUAGGGAGCCAAUGGAGAAAGUGCUGAGAUUUACGAGGACAAUAAUAGAAAUGUGAAGUUGUUCAAAUCUGAAAAGGAUGAAAAUGUCAGGUCUCUUUUCCCUUGAAGGCAGUCUGAGUGUUUACUUAAUCAUUGAAAUGGGUGGCACAGUAGGGUAGUGGUUAGCAGAACACUCCACAGUACAGGCGACCUGGGUUCAAUUCUCACUACUGCCUGUAAGGAAUUUGUACGUUGUCAUGAAAUGACAAAAAGGAGGGAAUGUGGAAAUUCAUCUGUAACCCUUAAGUCUUUAUGAAUUUGUAACUUUUGUAAAAUAUAAUGCAAUGAAAUGGGGUCUAUGAAAUCCUAUGGUGCUUUGCUGGUUUGGGUGAGAAAACUUUCAAGUGUGUUUGUCUUAUAUGGGAGCAAACUAUUUUCUUUGAUGACAAACAUUUGGUUAAUGGCCAGAGGGGAUGUUUGAUAACAGGAAAACAGGAUAGAACUAAAAAUCAAAUGUAUGAACGAGGUAAGGAUGAAGAUAACAGAGGAAUGUAAUGUUAUGGAACAGAGCAACCUAAUGACUGUUCUUUGUGGAAAAAACAUAUAAAAGUACUUUGGUUUGAACAGAAGAUUGGAGCUAUAUUUCCAGAUGAAAGUUGGCUGGAAGUAUAUCUCCCCUUGCAGGUAAAAUAAUAAAUGCAUUAAUAAUGUGUCCACUCUGAAUUUGUCGUUUUGUUUCUUUGUAUCAGAAGACCUAGCUACAGAAUACACAACAUUCUGCCUGUAUCCAUGUGGGUUUCCUCUGGGUGUUCGUUUCCUCCAAAGAUGUAAAGGUUGGUAGGUUAACUGGUCAUUGUAUAUUGUCCCAUAAUUAGGCUAGGAGUAAAUUGGGGGAUUGCUUGGCCACUCGGCUCCCCGCUUUAUCGCA